AUGGAUCUGCAAGAAUCAAAAAGACAAAGCAUUCUGCAAAUGUUGCAAUCGGAUAAGACUACAUCAGAUAUCAGAAAGGCUUUAAACUGCUCCAGAACAGCAAUUUUUGGAGUAAGAAAACUUUUUCAUGAAACAAGAGAUAUCAAACGACGUUUUAAUAAGCCAAAACCUGUGAAACAAUCACCUCAGCUUUUAAGGUCUGUCAAAAGAAAAGUCAAGCGAAUUCUAUUGCGCUCCAUCCGCCAGUUGGCAAGGGAAGCCAAUGUUGCUAACUCCACAAUGCAAACAGUUAUGAAAGAUUUAAAUCUUAAAUCCAGAGUUGUUGUGACUAAGCAUCUUAUCACUAAUAAACAGAAAGAAAGUAGGAAAGAGCGAUGCAAAAAAAUGUUAAACUGGCGAAAAUCUUACCCUGGGCCUGUGACAAUCUUCUCUGAUGAAAAACUUUUCACUGUGGAUAAAGUUACUAAUCAUCGUAACACAAGGUACCUUAGUUGUACCAUCGUAACACAAGGUACCUUAGAUGAGUUUAUCCACCUCCUGCAAGAGAAGGUCAUUUCCUGGUUAAACAGAAACUAUCCAGAUGGUCAGUAUGUGUUUCAGCAGGAUGGAGCACCAGCUCAUACUUCAAAAAAGAUACAAAAUUUUCUCAGUGAAAAGAUGAGUUAG